UGUAAUUUGUACAACAAGUUGGUUGCGAAAUUUACUUGAGAAAAUCUCACCUAUGAUAAAAAAAUAUAAUACCAACUUUUGGGAAGCAAUAACCCCUCGCGUGAGAUUGUUAGUGACCUUAAGAUAUUUGGCUACGGGUGAUAGUUAUGCAUCGCUUACGUAUCUGUUUCGCAUAUCUGAGCCAAGCGUUUCCCGAAUCAUUCCAGAGGUUUGCAGAGCUUUAAUGGACGUUCUACAUGAUUUUGUCAGGAUGCCACGUUCAGGAAACGAAUGGAGAAAAAUAGCAAGAGAUUUCGAAGUUUCUUGGAAUUAUCCGCAUUGCUUAAGAGCUUGUGACGGAAAACAUGUUGUCAUCCAAAACCCAAAAAACAGUGGCAGUAUGUUUUUUAACUACAAAGGGACUUUUAGCAUUGUUUUGAUGGCCGUUGCUGACGCCAAUUAUAAUUUUAUAUACGCUAAUGUUGGCUGCCAAGGGAGGAUAUCUGACGGAGGUGUUUUUCGAGAAACGUCAUUUUACAAGAAGUUGUCUAAUGCAACGCUAAAGCUACCUGACCCAGAACCACUCCCUGGUAGCAAAAAAUUAUCGCCUUAUGUAUUGUUGACAGAUGAUGCGUUCCCACUACAGGAACACAUCAUGAAACUCUUCAGCGGCCACCACGAUAAAGGCACAUGUCAACGGUUAUACAAUUAUAGGCAUUCACGCGCUCGAAGAGUAGUGGAAAAUUCAUUUGGGUUGCUAGCAAGCGUAUUUCGUGUAUUUAGAAAACCCCUAAUGAUUAAUUUGGAAAACCCAGAAAUUGUCACAAAAACAUGUAUUUACCUUCAUAAUUUUUUGAGAAGGAGUAAGACAUCACGAUCACUACAUUGUCCUCAAGGAACUUUAGAUAACGAAACACAGGAUGGAAAUAUUAUUCCCGGAUCAUGGCGGGCAGUCAUCCAAGGCGAUACUGGUCCGCAGAGUUUGUCACAUAGAGCAAGAAAGGCAACUUUCGAAGCUAAAGAAGUCAGGAAUGAAUUCAUGAGAUAUUUUCAAUCGGAUGAAGGGCGUGUGCCUUGGCAGGACAAUUUCGCCUAGCUUUUAUAAGUUUUUGUUU